CUGGAAAGACAUGGUGGUGGAAGGGAGGUGCAGCGUUAUUCGUGUAUUGCUUUCAGCCAAGACUUGAUUUUUCUGAUGGUGGGCUGUUCUUUCUACUGCAGAUCUCUCAAAAGCCUUGGUUCUAACAGAAAUUGGCCCCAGACGUGACCCUGCCACCCUGAAACUGUUCCUGAGCAACAUGGAGCGGCUGCUCCACGCCAAGGCUCAUGGGGUCCGUGUGAUCGGAAGCUCCACCUUGGCGCUCUGCCACCUGGCCUCAGGGGCAGCAGAUGCUUACUACCAGUUUGGCCUGCACUGCUGGGACCUGGCAGCUGCCACAGUCAUCAUCAGAGAGGCGGGCGGCAUUGUGAUGGACACUUCGGGUGGACCCCUUGACCUCAUGUCUUGCAGAGUGGUUGCUGCUGGCACCCGCGAGAUGGCGAUGCUCAUAGCUCAGGCCUUACAAACUAUUAACUAUGGGCGGGACGACGAGAAGUGAGAGGGAGCAGAUGGAGAGCAACGCGGCUGAGGACCAUGCUGGCCUUCCUGGCCGCCGUCGGUGGCGGCGCUCCCUGCAGAGGGAGCUGCCACGUGGUCUGCAUGCUGAGCCAGGGCCAGGUGUCUCAUGCUCCUUUCUGUCUGCCGCAGAGGAGCUGUUAUGCCCAAAUGGGUGGCUAGCCUUUUAAUCUGCGCCUCCUUCACUGGGAUUUGGUGUCUAGCUGGUUUCUCUCUUUAAUCUCACGUAGGCUUUUUCAGGUUAGUACACGUCCUUCUGUCAGGGCCAAAACCCAGCUUUCAUAUGAGGUACAUAUUGAUAAUCCAGUCUUGAUUUUUUUUUUUUUCCUAAAUGCAAAUCUCAGGUAAUAAGGCUUUAGAUCUGCUGAUGAAGCAGGCUCAUUCUCAGGCCCGCCCUGUGGUACUUCAGAAUGUAAUAAAUGAAGAUAACGGCA